AUGAAGAUGACCAUUAGCGACUCAGAAGAAGAGGAAGAAGUUCAACAAAAGAAGAAAAAGAAGAGAUCCAAGAAAGAAAAAGCAAAGAAAGAAGAAAACCAGAACUUCACUCUUAUCGACGAUAGCAUCAAGAAAGAUUUAUCCAAAAUUCAACACAGAAGGGAAUAUGAUGCUACUAACGAAUCAGGAAAGCAAUGGAAGUUCGGAAAUGCUGUUAAGGACGAUGUUCAGUCAAACAUUAGCCAAAAUUCUUUAGAAAAGCUAAGAAAUCGUAUUCUUGAACUCAAAAAGGAAUUAAAUUUCGAAGAGAUUGAUAAGGGAAUAGAAGAGCUUACAAGAAACUUAAAGAAAGAUAACAUUAGCGAGCUGAAUACUAUGGAGAAGCCAAAGAAAGGGGGUAAUUUAGGGGCCCAUGCUAAAGUUCAUUAUGAGAAGGAUGAUUUGAUCUCGUUUCACGAUCUUUUUCUCUCAAGGCCAUUAGUCAAAGCUUGCAAUAGCUUAGAAUAUGAUCAUCCAACAAGGAUCCAAAGCCAAGUCAUCCCUAAUAUUCUUGAGAAUAGAGACUUGUUGGUUAAUGCUGUCACUGGAAGUGGUAAAACAGCAUCAUAUGUGCUUCCAAUUUUAGAGAAGCUUCAUAGAAGAGAUUUGAGAACUUCGAAAGUUAGCAAUACAAAAAUUGGCAAAACAAGAGUGUUAAUUUUGCAGCCCACCAGAGAACUCGCAGCCCAAUGUAGUUCGAUGCUUGACAACAUGAAUAAAUUUAUCAUCCCAAAAAUAUCAUACACUACUAUUAUUGGAGGUUCAUCUAUGAAGAAGCAAGAGGCAGAGCUUAUGGACAAACCUGACAUUGUUGUUGCCACUCCAGGAAGAUUGCUUGAUAUUUUGAUGAACUCUAAAAGUAUCUAUUUCAAUAAUAUUGAGGCUUUGAUUCUUGAUGAAGCAGAUAAACUACUUGAAAUGGGAUUCCAAGAAAUGAUUGAAGAGAUCCUCAAGAAUAUCAAGAAGGACAGUGACGUAGAAAACGUCCAGACUUGCUUAUUCUCAGCAACUUUGACCAAGGAUAUCAAAAGACUUGCCUCAUUAGCUUUGAGAGAUCCUAAAUUAAUAUCAGAGGCAAAACAGCAGAACUCUGUGAAUGCUUAUUUGAAACUUUCACACUACAUUGUCAAGGUUCCAGAAAUUGAAAGAGUAAAGAAGGAAGAUAAUAAGAAGAAGAAAAAGAGAAAGAACUCAUUCAGCGAUGACAGCGAUUCUGAUGAAGAUGAUGACUCUGAUAGUGACAAAGACUCUAACAAGGAGGAAUCAGAAGAGAAGAAAGAGGCCCCUAAACAAUCUGUGAUAGUAAAUACUAAGGCUAGAGUGCAAAGAAUCAGAGAGUCUAUUAUUCUUAGCUUAGUUAUGAAAACAUAUACCAAGAAGACAAUUAUUUUUGUAAACACUAAAACUCAGUGCCAUAGAAUGUACGUAUUAUUUACUUUCUUUGGACUCAAGGUAGCAGAAGUACAUGGAAAUCUAUCUCAAAAACAAAGAAUGGAGUCUGUUGAGAAAUUCCAAGCUGGAGAAAUGGACUUCUUAGUUUCAACCGACCUUCUUGCAAGAGGACUCGAUAUUUACAAUGUUCAGUGUGUCAUCAACUUCUCAUUCCCAAACGAAGAAAAUAGAUAUGUGCACAGAGUUGGAAGAACUGCCAGAGCUGGUAAUUCAGGAGUCGCUAUCACUCUUUGUGAUGAGAACGAUAGAAAACAAACGAUGAAGGUAGUGAGGAAGUGCAAAGGAAAUGCAAAGAACUAUUCAUAUACCAAGCAGUUGAAAGACAGCAUCUUCACUUUAAUCAAUUUGCUAGACGAACCAAUCCACAGACUCAUUCAGGAAGAGAGAUCUGACUUCCAGCUUGAAAAGGCAGAGGUAGAUCUGAAGAAAGCCCAAAAUAUUUUGUCGUAUCAGGAUGAAAUUUAUAAUCGUCCAAAGAAAGAGUGGUUCCAAAGUAAAAAGCAACAGAAAGAGGCCUUGAAGCAAGGAAAACAAGAAAUGAAGGAUAGAGAAUUCAACCCUCAUGCCAAGAAGAAAAAGCAGAUAGAGAGAAUCAAGAAGAGGAAGAGAGAACUCAGAGAGCAAGAGAAGAGAGGAAUCAUGUUUGAGAAACCACCAAAACCCAAAGUGAAAAAAGUAAAGUCAAAGAAAGUUCACGGAAAAAGCUCAAUGUUCAAUUCGGAGAUAUAA